GGUAAUGCUGGCACACCAGGUUCCCUGGGAGAUCCAGGGGACCAAGGGCCAUCAGGACCUAUGGGUGCCAAGGGACCAAUGGGCACCAUUUUAAUGGAACCUUGUGAACUUGUGAAUUUUACACGAAAAAACUGCCACACAUGUCCAGUUUAUCCAACUGAAGUGGUGUUUGCCUUUGAUAUGUCUGAAGACGUUACACCAGUGGCAUUUGAAAGAAUGAGAAACAUUGUUAUGUUAUUGCUGAAGACCAUUAAGAUCAGUGAAAGCAAUUGCCCAACAGGCGCUCGUGUCUCUGUUGUUUCUUUUAAUACCAAUACGCGCUAUCUUAUCCGAUUCUCAGAAUUCCAAAAAAGCAACUUGCUGCUACAAGCAGUUCGGAGAAUACCACUAGAGAGAUCCACUGGAAAACGUAAUAUUGGGGCAGCCAUGAGAUUUGUCGCAAGAAAUGUCUUCAAACGUGUUCGUCAGGGCAUCCUCACAAGAAAAGUUGCCCUAUUUUUUGCUAAUGGUCCAUCACAGGAUGAUGUUGCCAUCAGCACAGCUGUACUUGAGUUGAGUGCCUUGGAUAUCACUCCAGUGGUUAUUGCCUUCAGUGAAGUGCCAAAUGUCAGACGUGCCUUCUCAAUUGAUGAUACGAGAAGAUUUCAAUUAUUUGUUUGGGAAAGACAGCAGGAUGAAAGUUUGGAGAGCGUCACAUAUUGUACACUUUGCUUCGAUAAAUGCAAACCAAGUACCAACUGCGAGGUGCCCUUUCCUCCCCCUGUUCUGAUGGAUAUGGAUAUCACUUACAUCAUGGACAGCUCUCACAGCAUCAGCAGUGAAGAGUUUCAGAGAGCCAAAGACUUUGUGAGCGACAUGCUAGAUCAGUUUGUCGUUUCCUCACAGCCAAACGAAUCAUAUGGAGGCAUCAGAGUGGCACUGGUGCAGCAGGCUCCCAGGGGCUUCCUACCUGACAGAAACCAGACCCCUGUGGCUUUGGAGUUUGAUCUAGUUACAUACAGCAAUAAAGAUUUGAUGAAGAAAUAUAUCCAAGAGUCUGUUCACCAACUGGAAGGGCCAUCAGCCAUUGCUUCUGCCCUGCAGUGGACAGUUGAAAAUGUAUUCUUUAAAGCCCCCAGACAAAGAAAACACAGGGUCAUAUUCGCAAUAGUUGGAAGCAAAACAAGCACAUGGGACAGAGAGAAGCUGAGAGAGAUUUCACUCGGAGCCAAGUGCCAAGGAUUCACCUUGUUCACUCUUGCGCUUGGCAAUGAUGUGAGAGACAAUCAGCUGAUGGAGCUGUCAAGCUCCCCCACAGACCAGCACUUACUGAUAUUGGGCAGGGUUUCAACAUCUGAGAUGGUAUAUGCUCAGAGGUUUAGCCGGGCAUUUCUAAAUCUUCUACAACAAGAAGUGAACAGUUAUCCUGCACCUGAACUUCAAGAAGAGUGUGAAAACUUAGAUCAGGGAGACACACAACAGCAAGUGUCUGUGAUUGAAAGGAUGCCUUUUCCUGGAACUGAUGAAACUGGUUACGGUCAUGGUUUAGAAGACAUUGAAAGAACUGAAAGUAGAGUUCUGGAGAAUAUUAGAGAGACCACCAAAGAACCUGUAUACACAAUGCCAGAAAUGAGAUAUGAUGAUGAGGAGAAUGAGUAUUUCACAGAGGAAGAUGCUGAAGGAGAAAAGCCACAUGAGUAUGGAGAAGCUCAGGAGGAGAACGAGGAAAACUUAGAGGCAACAGUAGAAACUAGAGCUGCCUAUAGUGAUUAUGAUGCAUGUGACCUUGUUCAAGAUAGUGGAGAAUGUCAGAAUUACGUUUUGAAGUGGUACUACGACAAAGAGCAGAAAAUGUGUGGUCAGUUCUG